AUGACCCCUUUGCUCUCCCUCGUCUUCACCCUCACGACGACGGAGAACCCCGGAAAUCACGAAUACGAAACACGAUGUGCUGAAGCUUUAUGGAGGUCCAACGAUUCCCCAACGCAGCAAGUGCUGAGGCGCUUCGCCCACUUUGCGAUGUUCGUGGAACGUAUUAGCAUCCCGCAUCCGGAGUGCAUAGACCCUACACUCUUUCUUAUCCUCUCUGAAGCUAGCGCAGGCGAGCCGCUCCUCCCGAUGCUCAGAGAGAUUAGAUGCUCGUGCACAGUCUCACCGUUCUUCGACACAACUAUUCUUUCCCUUGUAGGGCCCGCACUUCGACAAUUGAUAAUAUUUGAAGAGCCAAGGCUACUCGAGACCGCCGUCGAGGCCCACGCGGUCAGGCGAAUACUCUGCGGACUACCCUCCAAAGCUCCUGCGCUGCAAGAUCUUCGCAUAUACCACCGCAUCCGCGAUGUCUCGCCAAUUUCGUCGAUCGGCCAACUCCGCGGACUCCGCACACUACGCAUAAAAUCAUGGUCGGAGGCAUCGUGGUUCGCACCACUCAUGUCCGUGCUGGCCAAGCUGGAGCAUCUACGUGAUCUGGUUCUUCCCCUUGACCACUGGGACGCGAACACGACCGAGACACCGAUUACCGAUAGCUUCCCCCAGCUGCGGAGGCUGAAGCUUGACGGUCUAUGGUACAAAGGCGCGCUGUGCAUUGGGUCGAUGGCAUCGAACAUGCCACCUGCUCGGCUGGAAUACCUUGAAAUACCCGUGCCGUCCUCAACAGCUUUGCGGAGGACUACAGCGCAUUCGAAGACCUCGUCACCGCAUGUGCCGGGACAUUAA